ACAGUCACAAACUUCUCUCUCUCUCUUUUUCUCUCGGAAAACGGGACCCAACUUAUGAAUUCAACUCACUCCGUUCCAACGAUUGAACUCGGCCAUGGUGAUUUGGACUUUGAGUUCACUGUUCCGAGCUCGGAUUUUCACGACCAUGUCUCCGCCGUUGAUCCUCGUUUGAGCUCUGUUAGCAGCGGUCUCAGCUCGUAGUGUUGCUUCCUGUUCAAGUCUGCGCUAAUCGACGGUCGUGAUCUCGCUGUUGAUUUCAGAUCUGAAGCGUUACCCAGUAAUCGACGGCGUCGAUGAUGUCUGAGCUCACAGGAAUAUUGAAGAAGGUCCGAUGGUUGUCGAUGAAAUACUUGCUUUUGUUUUGUUAUGUGAUAUCCAUCAUCGAUGCAGCACCAUCAAUAUCCCCCAUGGGUGCACCGUGGGCAGCACCUGAUAUGCCAAAUCUUCCCCUGCCUGCUGAUUUGCCAGUGUCCCAUAGACACUGGCAAAAACAUUUCUUGCCACGUGCUGCGCCAGUUGCACUAUCACCUGCACUCCCUCCUUUUUAUGGUCCCUUAAUAACUGCUGGUCAUCCCCCUGCAACUUCUCGAUUGUCAAGGCCAGCAAUGAAGAGGAGUGGCUUGGCACCUCCCCUUGCUGGCUUUCAGAAUAUUGCCCCAGCACAGUCGAGUGCUGGUGCAAUCCCUUCGGGUUUAGCACAGCCCCCGCUCACUCCUUCCAUUUCCAACUGUUGCAAACCAGACAUGGUAUUGAGACGCGAAAGUCGGGGUUGCCACUGUGUUUAUCCCAUUAAGCUUGACCUCCUCCUCUUAAAUGUUUCACAAAAUCCUAAUUGGAAUCUUUUUCUUCAAGAAUUAGCUUUGCAGCUUGGUUUGAAAGUUUCGCAAAUAGAGCUGAUUAACUUUUAUGUACUCAGCUUAUCAAGGUUAAAUAUUUCGAUGGAUAUUACUCCAUAUCCAGGGGUCAGUUUCUCAGCAAGUGAUGCAUCUGCAAUAAACUCUUCUCUUGUCAUGCACAAGGUUAAUUUAGACCCCGCAUUAGUGGGCGAUUACAAACUCCUCAAUAUAACUUGGUUUAAGCCUCCACCUACUUCUCAAGCUCCUGUUGCUACAUCACCAGUUGAAGCCCCAGCAAAACCAUCACCGACUCAUACGUCCUUAACUGCUUCAAGUAAAGGGAAACAUUCAAAUUUGAGUCUUAUUAUUGGUAUUGGUGCCGGAAUACUGUUAAUUUCCAUUAUAGCUGUGCUCAUACUUUGUUUAUGCACGUUCCGUCAAGAGAAGACUAAAGAAUCUAAUAUAGAAACAGCCCCAGAAAAGCAGAGCAGCGUCGAAACAGUUCCAGCAGUAGGAUCUCUACCCCACCCAAGCAGCACUCGGUUUCUGGCAUUUGAAGAACUUAAACAAGCAACAAACAACUUUGAACCUGCAAGCAUACUCGGAGAGGGUGGUUUUGGCAGGGUGUUCAAGGGCGUCUUAAGUGAUGGUACAGCUGUUGCAAUUAAAAGACUUACUAACGGAGGGCAACAGGGGGAUAAGGAGUUCUUGGUUGAGGUUGAGAUGCUUAGCAGGCUGCAUCAUCGUAAUCUGGUGAAACUUGUGGGUUACUAUAGCAGUCGUGACUCCUCACAAAACUUACUUUGCUACGAGCUUGUGCCAAAUGGAAGCUUGGAGGCCUGGCUUCAUGGUCCCCUGGGAGUAAAUUGUCCUUUAGAUUGGGACACCCGAAUGAAGAUUGCACUUGAUGCUGCCAGAGGACUUGCUUACCUGCAUGAGGACUCACAACCGUGCGUUAUCCACAGAGAUUUUAAAGCAUCCAAUAUAUUGCUAGAGAACAACUUUCAUGCUAAAGUUGCUGAUUUUGGCCUGGCUAAACAGGCACCUGAAGGCAGAGCAAAUUAUCUUUCUACUCGUGUGAUGGGAACAUUCGGGUAUGUAGCUCCAGAGUACGCCAUGACUGGACACCUACUUGUUAAAAGUGAUGUUUACAGCUAUGGGGUUGUCCUUCUUGAAUUACUCACUGGAAGAAAGCCUGUAGAUAUGUCACAGCCAGCCGGGCAGGAGAAUCUUGUGACCUGGGCAAGGCCAAUUCUUAGGGACAAGGAUAGGCUGGAUGAGCUCGCUGAUCCUAGUCUUGAAGGAAAGUACCCAACGGAAGAUUUUGUACGAGUUUGCACGAUUGCAGCAGCUUGUGUUGCUCCUGAGGCAAGCCAACGCCCUACAAUGGGUGAAGUGGUACAGUCAUUGAAGAUGGUGCAACGAAUCACCGAGUAUCAGGAUUCCAUGUUAACCUCUUCCACUGCCAGACCCAAUCACAGGCAGUCAUCAACUACCUUUGAGUCCGAUGUGUCAUCUUCAAUGUUCUCGUCUGGUCCUUACUCUGGUCUAAGUGCCUUAGAUAAUGACAAUGUGUCUAGGGCCGCAGUUUUCUCUGAAGAUCUUCACGAAGGACGAUGAUUGCGUGACAUAAGUCGACAUUCUGUUCAAAGCAUAGUUGACCGUCUGGUAUAGCAAUGUAGGAGCAGUCCCCUUGUGAGCAGGGGAUAUACAGGUUGAUUUUUUGAGUAAUAGGUAGGUUUUGUAAUUGUGAUUCUUGUUGUGGGGAAGGAUGAGUGUCUUUUUGUAGUCCUUUAUGUGGGGGAACCACUGUUCAGUUUUCUCCAUAGGCAGUAGUUCUCCGCACGGUGGAUGAAAUUUUGUAUAUGCCUUGUAAGCUUGUUUCAUGAAAUUGGGGUUUUAAGUGUUUCGUAUUUAUAUAUCCAUUUUCCAUGUCUUUCAAAGUCAA